AUGGCUGCCAAGAAGCCCAACAUCCUCUACAUCAUGGCCGACCAGAUGGCCGCGCCAUUGCUGUCCAUCCACGACAAGGACUCGCCCAUCAAGACCCCCAAUCUCGACCGGCUGGCCAAGGAGGGUGUCGUCUUCGACAAUGCCUACUGCAACUCGCCGCUGUGCGCCCCCUCGCGCUUCGUCAUGGUCACCGGCCAGCUGCCCUCCAAGAUCGGCGCCUACGACAAUGCCUCCGACCUCCCCGCCGACGUCCCGACCUACGCCCAUUACCUGCGUCGCGAGGGAUACCACACCGCGCUGGCCGGUAAGAUGCACUUCUGCGGCCCGGACCAGCUGCAUGGUUAUGAGCAGCGUCUGACGAGCGACAUCUACCCGGGUGACUACGGCUGGACUGUCAACUGGGAUGAGCCGGACAUCCGCCCAGACUGGUACCACAACAUGUCCUCUGUCAUGGACGCGGGCCCCGUCGUUCGCACGAACCAGCUCGAUUUCGACGAGGAGGUCAUCUACAAGUCGACCCAGUACCUCUACGACCAUGUGCGGAAGCGCGGCGAUCAGCCCUUCUGCUUGACCGUGUCCAUGACCCACCCGCACGACCCCUACGCCAUGACCAAGGAGUUCUGGGAUUUGUACGAGGACGUCGACAUUCCGCUGCCCAAAACGCCGGCCAUUCCCCAGGACAAACAGGACCCCCAUUCGCAGCGGGUGCUGAAGUGCAUCGAUCUGUGGGGAAAGGAGAUCCCUGAGGAGCGCAUCAAGGCGGCGCGUCGAGCCUAUUAUGCUGCCUGCACCUACGUCGAUACCAACGUGGGCAAGCUGCUUCGUGCGCUCGACGACUGUGGACUGCGGGACGAUACCAUCAUUGUCUUCACGGGCGACCACGGCGACAUGCUCGGCGAGAGGGGUCUGUGGUACAAGAUGGUUUGGUUCGAGAAUUCGGCCCGGGUGCCGUUCAUCGUGCACGCGCCCAACCGCUUCUCGCCCAAGCGGAUCAAGGAGAACGUGUCGACGAUCGACAUUCUGCCCACCUUCGUCUCGCUCGUCGGGGCUGAGCUGGUUCCCGGCCUGCCGAUGGACGGUGUCUCGCUGCUGCCCUACCUUACCGGGGAGGACGGGGUCAAGACGGACACCGUGUUCGGCGAGUACAUGGCCGAGGGAACGCAGACGCCCGUCGUCAUGAUCCGUCGCGGACGGUGGAAGUUUGUGUACUCGCUGGUCGACCCGCCAAUGCUGUUCGACCUGGAGGCGGAUCCGACCGAGUCGGUCAAUCUGGUGGCGGGCCUGCCCGUGCCAGCCAAACCGGCCAUCCCGGCACACGUCAACCAGACGACGGCCGGUCUCCCGACGCCAGAAGACACGCCAGGCGCGACGCCGUUCCUGAGCACCGAGAAAUCGUUCUUCCCGAAGAUCCCGGCGACUCCGACUCCGCCGCGGACCCCCAGUCCGGCGCGAUCGAUCAGUCUGCCCGACACGACCGACCCGGCGACGUUGCUGCGCCACUUCGUCGAGGAGGUGCACGCCCGCUGGGACCUGGACCGCAUCCACCAGGACGUGCUGCGGUCGCAGCGCCGGCGCCGCCUGGUGUACUCGGCGCUGAUCAAGGGCCAGCCGACCAUCUGGGACUACGAGCCUAGGGUGGACCCGAGCACGCAGUACGUGCGCAACCAGAGCAAGGGCCCUCUGGACGACGUGGAGUACAUCUCGCGCUGGCCGCGCGUGGUGAAGAACUAA